CGCGGCGCGGGGUCACGUGGCUCCUUCCUUUCCGUCUCUGGCCGGCUGGGCGCGGGCGACUGCUGGCGAGGCGCGUGGAGCGGCGCGCUCGUUCCCCCUCGUCUCCUCUCCCGGCCCGGGCCGCCCCGCAGGACACUGACGCCGGCUGAGCCGAGUCUGCCGCCAACAUGCCGGCCUACUUCCAGAGGCCGGAGAAUGCCCUCAAACGCGCCAACGAAUUUCUGGAAGUUGGCAAAAAGCAACCUGCUUUGGAUGUUCUUUAUGAUGUUAUGAAAAGUAAGAAACACAGAACAUGGCAGAAGAUACACGAGCCAAUUAUGUUGAAAUACUUGGAACUUUGUGUGGAUCUUCGCAAGAGCCACCUGGCUAAGGAAGGGUUAUACCAGUAUAAGAACAUAUGUCAACAGGUGAACAUCAAAUCUCUAGAGGAUGUGGUUAGGGCAUAUUUGAAGUUGGCAGAGGAAAAAACUGAAGCUGCCAAAGAGGAAUCCCAGCAGAUGGUCCUGGACAUCGAAGACCUGGACAAUAUUCAAACGCCCGAGAGUGUUCUCCUAAGUGCUGUAAGUGGUGAAGACACUCAGGAUCGAACUGACAGAUUACUUCUGACACCAUGGGUUAAGUUCCUGUGGGAAUCUUAUAGACAGUGCUUGGAUCUUCUUAGAAACAAUUCUAGAGUUGAGCGGCUCUACCAUGAUAUUGCCCAACAAGCUUUCAAAUUCUGCCUCCAAUAUACUCGUAAGGCCGAAUUCCGCAAACUGUGUGACAAUCUGAGAAUGCACUUGUCACAGAUUCAGCGCCACCAUAACCAGAGCACGGCAAUCAAUCUCAAUAAUCCCGAGAGCCAGUCUAUGCACCUGGAAACCAGGCUUGUUCAGUUGGACAGUGCCAUCAGCAUGGAAUUGUGGCAGGAAGCAUUCAAAGCUGUGGAGGAUAUUCAUGGACUGUUUUCCUUGUCUAAAAAACCACCUAAACCUCAACUGAUGGCAAAUUACUACAACAAAGUCUCAACUGUGUUCUGGAAAUCUGGAAAUGUUCUUUUCCACGCCUCUACCCUCCAUCGCCUUUACCACCUCUCUAGAGAAAUGAGGAAGAACCUUACACAGGAAGAGAUGCAAAGGAUGUCCACUAGAGUCCUUCUGGCCACCCUUUCAAUCCCCAUCACCCCCGAGCGCACUGACAUCGCUCGGCUUCUGGACAUGGAUGGCAUCAUUGUGGAGAAACAGCGUCGACUUGCAACACUGCUGGGUCUUCAAGCCCCACCAACACGAAUCGGCCUUAUUAAUGAUAUGGUCAGAUUCAAUGUGCUGCAGUAUGUGGUCCCAGAAGUAAAAGACCUUUACAAUUGGCUGGAGGUAGAGUUUAACCCAUUAAAACUCUGUGAGAGAGUCACAAAGGUUCUAAACUGGGUUAGAGAGCAACCUGAAAAGGAGCCAGAAUUGCAACAGUACGUUGCACAGCUGCAAAACAACACUAUCCUCCGUCUUCUGCAGCAGGUGGCACAAAUUUAUCAGAGCAUUGAAUUUUCUCGUUUGACUUCCCUGGUUCCAUUCGUUGACGCUUUCCAAUUGGAAAGGGCCAUAGUAGAUGCCGCCAGGCACUGUGACCUGCAGGUUCGUAUUGACCACACUUCCCGGACCCUGAGUUUUGGAUCUGAUUUGAAUUAUGCUACUCGAGAAGAUGCUCCAAUUGGUCCUCAUUUACAAAGUAUGCCUUCAGAGCAGAUUAGGAAUCAGCUGACGGCUAUGUCUUCAGUACUUGCGAAAGCACUUGAAGUCAUUAAACCAGCUCAUAUACUGCAAGAGAAAGAAGAACAGCAUCAGUUGGCUGUUACCGCAUACCUUAAAAAUUCACGGAAAGAGCAUCAGCGCAUCCUGGCUCGACGGCAGACAAUUGAGGAAAGGAAAGAACGGUUGGAGAGUCUGAAUAUUCAGCGAGAGAAAGAAGAAUUGGAGCAAAGGGAAGCUGAACUUCAGAAAGUACGGAAGGCUGAAGAGGAGAGACUGCGACAGGAGGCUCAAGAGAGGGAGAAAGAACGUAUCUUACAGGAACAUGAACAAAUCAAAAAGAAAACUGUUCGUGAGCGUUUGGAACAGAUCAAGAAGACAGAACUGGGUGCCAAAGCAUUCAAAGACUUCGAUAUUGAAGACCUUGAAGAACUGGAUACUGAUUUCAUCAUGGCUAAACAGGUUGAGCAACUGGAGAAAGAAAAGAAGGAGCUUCAGGAACGCUUAAAGAAUCAAGAGAAGAAGAUUGACUAUUUUGAAAGAGCAAAGCGUUUGGAAGAAAUUCCUUUGAUAAAGAGUGCUUAUGAAGAACAGCGGAUAAAAGACAUGGACCUGUGGGAGCAACAAGAAGAAGAAAGGAUUACUACCAUGCAGCUAGAACGCGAAAAGGCUCUUGAACACAAGAAUCGAAUGUCACGGAUGCUUGAAGACAGAGACUUAUUUGUGAUGCGACUCAAGGCAGCGCGGCAGUCUGUUUAUGAGGAAAAACUUAAACAAUUUGAAGAGCGAUUAGCAGAAGAAAGGCAUAGUCGCUUGGAGGAACGCAAAAGGCAACGCAGAGAAGAGCGCAGAGUAACUUACUACAGAGAGAGAGAGGAGGAGGAGCAGAGGAGGGCCGAGGAGCAGAUGCUCAAAGAAAGGGAAGAGAGAGAACGCGCCGAACGAGCCAAACGAGAGGAGGAGCUUCGAGAAUAUCAGGAGCGGGUCAAGAAACUAGAGGAAGUGGAACGGAAAAAACGCCAAAGGGAGCUGGAAAUUGAAGAGAGGGAACGGCGUAGGGAGGAGGAGAGACGACUAGGAGACGAUCCACUUUCUAGAAAGGACUCGCGCUGGGGAGAUAGAGAUUCAGAAGGCACAUGGAGAAAAGCGCCAGAAGCCGAUUCCGAGUGGAGAAGAGGCCCUCCAGAGAAGGAGUGGAGACGUGGAGAAGGACGCGACGAGGAGAGGCCUCACCGCAGAGAAGACGACGAGAGAGAGUCCUCACUCCGGCCCGACGAAGACCGAGCUCCCCGGCGUGGCCCGGACGAGGACAGAGGCCCUAGACGCGGCCCCGACGAAGACCGAUUCCCCCGCCGCGGGGCGGACGACGACAGGCCUUCCUGGCGCGGCGCAGGCACAGGCGCAGGCGCAGAGGACGACAGGCCCCCCCGGCGUCUGGAUGAGGACAGGGGAGGCAGCUGGCGCCACGCCGAUGACGACCGGCCGCCACGGCGGGGACCAGACGAGGACCGAGCAAGCUGGAGGGCGGCCGAUGAGGACAGAGGGCCGAGACGAGGGCCAGACGAGGACCGGGGGCCUAGGCGCGGGGGCCCGGACGACGAGCGCUCCUCCUGGCGGAACCCUGCCGACGACGAGCGGGGGCCGCGGCGGGGGCUGGACGACAACCGGGGACCUUGGAGGAGCGCCGACGACGACCGGAUGUCCAGGCGCGGCGCCGACGACGACAGGGGCCCUUGGCGCAACGCGGAUGACGACCGAGUCCCCAGGAGGGGCGAGGACUCCAGGCCCGCUCCCUGGAGGCCCUUCGUGCGGCCCGGUGGAUGGAGAGAGAAAGAAAAAGCCAGAGAAGAGAGCUGGGGUCCUCCUCGAGAGACAAGAUCAACAGAAGAACGUGAAUGGGAUAGAGACAAAGAGAGAGAUAAUCAAGAUCGUGACGAGAAUGACAAGGACCCAGAAAGAGAAAGGGACAGAGAGAGAGAAAGGGACAGAGAUCGUGAUGGUGAUCGAGAGGACCGCUUCAGAAGGCCCAGGGACGAGGGUGGCUGGAGAAGAGGACCAGCUGAGGAAGCAUCUAGCUGGAGAGAUUCAGGUCGACGUGAUGACAGGGACGACCGCCGUCGAGAUGAUCGUCGUGAUCUGAGAGAAAGACGUGAUCUAAGAGACGACAGAGACCGGAGAGGCCCUCCUCUCAGAUCAGAACGGGAAGAAGUGAGUUCUUGGAGGCGUGCCGAUGACAGGAAGGAUGACCGGGCAGAGGAACGGGAGGCCCCCCGUCGCAUUCCUCCCCCAGCUCUGUCACGAGACCGAGAAAGAGACCGGGAGAGAGAGAGAGAAGGUGACAAAGAGAAGGCCUCGUGGCGAGCAGAGAAAGAGAAGGAGUCUCUUCGUCGUACUAAAAACGAGACUGAUGAGGAUGGGUGGACCACAGUGCGGCGUUAAUUCUCAAGAUGAUGGAUUCAAACUUGUGUCUUACCUAGGUCUGACCACAUUCGAGGAUUAUUACACUUGUGCUUCAACCAGUCUCAACUGGAUUCUUUAAUGUUGUCUCACCAUAACACAAAAGCAUGAACUUGUAUUAACCCCGUGUAAUAGAUUGAUCAUGCGCCAUAUCCGCAGAAGGUUGGGAAACCAUGCUGUUUUUUUCUGGAAUUUAAGGUGUUGCAUUAUUUCAUCAAUCAUUUGUUUACAAAAAAGGAAAAAAAAAAACUAAAAAAUAAAUUUGAAAUGUGAACCCUUCAGGUCUGAGUAACACCUGUAUCUUGGUAUAGAACUUUUUUUUUAAAUUUUGAAAUAAUUAAUUUGCAGCAAGGUAAGGUUCUGUUAUAGGGGAUGUAUUUGAAGAUCGUUUAAUAAAAACAGGGAGCUGAAAUUCACACCAUUAGCAGUUGACAUUACCUCCAUGUAGUUUGGGGUAUUUGCUGUUCAAACUAAAUUUCUAGUUUAGGUUCACUGUAAGUGCGGUAAGCUUCGCAAGCAUUGGAUACAAUGGGACUUUUUAGCUUUUACUUGAGGUGAGUAUAAAGCAAUUUGCAGUCUUUGUAAUGACAACAGUACUGCUCAGGUGUGAAUCCAAAACAGUUACAACUUUUAAAUUUUAAGAUAUUUGGUAAACUAUUGCUGAGGGUUUUUUUUUUUUUUUCCUGUUGCCAAUAGCAAACUGCUUUUCCGUUCAUGGAGAAUUCAUGCCUUUCAAACAUUUUAAAUAUGACCAUAUUUAUAAAUGUGUGGUUUGGAGGACUCAUUUAAAUUCUUUUUCCUAAUUUCCUUUCUCUUCAGGAUAGAUUCUUUCAACAAGUAAUUUGUAGUAAUGACUGUGUUGACUUCAAUUUUGGAGUGCAGUAGCUGUGUUAAAGGUUAUUUGGUUUUAUUGAAGCCAACACAGAACUUGCUGCUGUGGUUUUUCUUCAAUGAUAAAUAAAAUACUUACAGAAUUUG